ACAAUAUAAUUUAAGGGAUUGUUUGUGUGAUUGUGUGGUCCAUUUAUCUUAUAUAGAGAGAGGAAUGUAAUAUUGAUAUUUAUUUAUGAGAUGAUUUGAAACAGGUAACGAUAUUUUAAAAAAAAUUGUUUAAAUCUUUAAAUAAGAGCUAAUAUAUAAGAAUGACAUCACAGAGAGCGCGUUCCGUGACCCUCCUGCUUGUAGUACUAGCGGGAUAUGUUGUCGGAAUAGUAGCGCAUGAUCUACUUCCAAUUAGACAGUGUACAAAAAUUGAUGCAUGUUCAUGCGUGUUCGAUGAUGGAACCAUAGUGAAUCUUCAAGCCCUAGAAAGAAAAGACGGAAAGCCAAAUUUCAGUAAUGCAUCAAACGCAAACAAUACAGAGUAUUACUCCUGGAACCCUUGUACACCAUUUUCAUACUCUUCAAACAACUCUGCCUGUGAAAACGUUUCUGUAUGCAUGAUCCGUAAAGGCAUCCCAAACGAUCUGUUAUAUGAUCUUGGAAACCAGGACACGGCCCAGUUUCUUGUGGAUAACAAUGGCACAUUGAAACUUACUUACACAGCUGACCAAGGUGACUUGAAAAGGGUAACAGAAAUAACAUUACAGUGCAUGAAAAAUUCGAAAUUUGACUUCUUUCUAGCUGAGGGCGAACAGGAUGUAACUAAUGACACGGCGAUAUACAAACUAUUGCUGGCUAGUAAAUAUGCUUGUGCUUAUGCACCAGCUGUCGAAACGACAAGCAUAUCAGAAACAAGCACGGCAGUUUAUAAUGAAACGUCUGAACCAACAUUUUCGACAACCUUAAAACCUACUCCAAGUUUUACUUCAAUCUUUCCUGACCAUUCCGACAUUAGUACACACACAUCUGACGGCAGUACUGCCGUUACUACUAGUCCACCAGAUAAUAACUCGCCUUCUAUGAUCGGCUCAUGGACUAUUAUGUAAAUGUCAAGUGUUAUUUGUGCAAAUCUACAUCCGUUAAAGAACGCUGCUUGGAUAAAUGUAUUAAAGAUUCACGCCUCCAGGUUUAUGUUGGGUUUUUGGAAACGCUUUCGUUAAUUAGUAAUGACGAUAGAACCUAUCUUUAAAACGAUUCCGUACCUUUCAGAAUGGCUGUAUUUAUGAAACACUCAGUUAGUCGAUAUCGAAAUUGUAGAAAACUGUCAGUAGCGUUAGUCACGCUUUUGAUAUAUGGAAUGUAUCGGUGUUUUAUAUUCUAUACGUUAAUACAUGAAACAAAACUCAUUUUCGCCAUCCAUAUUGAGGCAUGUCUCUUUUGAUUGUUUCCGAAGUUUGUCUUUGUACAGUUUAACACAAUUGAAAAACAUUAGCCUCUUUUCACAUACUGUCUCGUUUCAGACUUACGUGGAUCGAAGUAAGAGCAUAAUUA